CCUACCAGCCGCUGGCAACGAAAGCCAACUCGCUUCUUGAACUAGUGGACGGCUCAAUUUACACGCCAAAUCGUAUUGUUCGCAAGUAUCGGGCGCAGUUCAGAAUGCGCAACGUGAAAUUGAAUGGGCCUUUACACAGCUGAGAUUGAUUUGCGGGUCUGCCGGACGUUGGUCAUGAAGUCCUACGAACGACUCGAGCUCGUCGAUUCAGUCGAGGAUUUCAAGAAGGUGUACGUCGACGUCGUCCGAGCUCAUUACUGGGUGUGGAGGACGACGCGCACCUUGCAUCGUAACAUCAGUACGAACAACGUCAUGUGGUACCGGAGAAGCGACGGAAAUGUCAUCGGUAUCCUCUGCGACUAGGAAUCGGCGGAGCAGAACCUCAACGACGAAAUCCCGCCGACAGUCACUGACGACUCGGAGCGUCCCGCUCCCAAGAACCCUCCUGCAUCUGCGUCAGGA